GAACCUCUGCAUCGCAUACGUAUCCUACGUGUUGCUCACACGUGUCCGUUGUGUCGUGAACAUAUUUUUCUAUUUAUUGCAGAUAUUUAAUAAGUUAUUAAUAAAAAUGAAUAUUGUAACCAAUGAUGGUAAUCCUAAUGCUUUGAAGCUUGUCCUUGCAGCCAAACUUGGUCAACAGCAUGCCACUAUUACAACUGUGUCCACGGAUUAUGCUGAAUUGGGACGCUUGCCUGUACUUGAGUUGCCAUCUGGUAUACGCAUUUUUAGCAUAAGUGCUGCAGUACAGUUUCUUGUACCAAUGGGGGAAGAAUUCAGUAUUCAUAUUAAUAAAUGGUUAGAAUGGGAUAUUUCACAAUUACAGCCUGCAUUGGUCUCGUAUGGAGGUUUAGGAAAACUUGAUACUUCUCAUAAACCUUGGAUUUGGUCUCUUUUAAAAGAACUAAACGCAGCAUUAAAAGACAAGAAGUACUUAAUUAAGGAUAAGGAUAACCCAUCAAUAGUAGAUUUAUCUAUUUGGAUCACUUUAUGGUCAACUAUAACACCUUUGGAUAUAAGCAAAGACAUAGCUGUAGAGUUCCCAACUGUGAAUAAAUGGUUAAAAGCUAUUGAAGUUAUACCAAUAGUUCAGGAAUCUAUAAAAGAAUUCAACAUUGAAAAAGGUUUAAAGGCUAUUGCCAGUAUUCAAGCUGUUUCCUGGUUUCCUGUUAAUUCAUAUACAGAUAGCAGUUCUUCAAUCUCUGCACUCAGUGAUGUCAAUGUGUUGAAGGAACAGGAAAUUGAAACAGUCAGUGAAGAAGAACUCAAUAAUGUAGCGAAGAACUGGAUUGUAACAUGUUAUUCUACAGUCAAAGAACCUCCCUAUCCUGUAUUACCCAUUAAAGGCGAAAGAAAUAUAAUGAUCACAUCAGCUCUUCCUUAUGCUAAUAACGUUCCUCAUUUGGGAAAUAUCAUUGGUUGUGUACUUUCAGCAGAUAUAUUUGCCAGAUACUGUCGCCAAAGAAAUUAUAAUGUGCUCUUUAUCUGUGGUACCGAUGAAUAUGGAACAGCAACAGAGGCUAAAGCCGUCGAAGAAAAAACAACACCGCAGGAAAUCUGUGAUAAGUUCUUUGGAAUACACAAUGACAUUUAUCGUUGGUUCAGUAUAGGAUUUGAUUAUUUUGGCAGAACCACCACUCCCGAACAAACUGAAAUUGUACAAGCGAUUUUCUUGCGAAUUCAAUCACAAGGUUAUAUAUUUACGGAGAACGUUGAUCAAUUACUCUGCGAGAGUUGUCAAAGAUUCCUAGCAGAUAGAUUUGUGGAAGGAACUUGUCCAAGAUGUAGUUACACAGACGCUCGUGGAGAUCAGUGUGACGGAUGUGGUCAUCUAGUUAACGCAAUCGAGUUAAUAAAUCCCAGAUGUAAAGUGUGCAAUAGCAAACCAAUGAUAAAAGUAUCGACACAAUUUUUCUUAGAUUUGCCGAAGAUUGAACCACGAUUGCAGGAAUGGGCAAAAUCUGCUGAGGUGAAUUGGUCCAGUGUAGCUAGAGCUGUUUCUAAACCAUGGUUUCGUGAUGGUCUUAAACCACGAUGUAUAACAAGAGAUUUGAAAUGGGGCAUCCCAGUACCAUUAGAAGGAUACAGAGACAAAGUUUUUUACGUUUGGUUUGAUGCACCUUUGGGUUACGUUAGUAUUACAAAAAGGUACACCAAAGAAUAUGAACAAUGGUGGAAACCUAAAUAUGUAGAUGUUAGUUUGUAUCAGUUUAUGGCAAAAGACAACGUGCCAUUCCAUUCUGUUAUGUUCCCUGCUUCGCUGCUGGCAGCUGAUCAGGGACAUACUUUAGUCAAGCACAUUAUGGCUACUGAAUAUUUAAAUUAUGAGGACACAAAGUUCUCAAAGUCUAGAGGUAUUGGCGUGUUCGGUACAGAUGCUAAAGAAACUGGCAUACUUCCCGAUGUAUGGAGAUUUUAUCUCGCAUAUGUCAGACCGGAAAGUCAAGAUUCGAACUUUAAUUGGGUCGAUUUAGCUACGAAGAACAAUAGCGAGUUAUUAAAUAAUCUUGGAAAUUUUAUUAAUCGUGCUUUGAUGUUCGUGGAACGAAACUUUGCUUCGAAAGUUCCACCUAUGGAACCGCAAGAAGAUGAUCUAACGGUUCUUGCGCUCUCGCAACGCGAACUCUCAUCAUACGUUGCUGCUCUGGAACAAGCUAAAUUGAGAGAUGCAUUGAGACACAUACUUGCAAUCUCAAAGCACGGAAACCAGUAUAUGCAAUCGCAGGAACCUUGGGUAAAGGUGAAGGGCACUGACGAUGACAAGAAAAAGGCUGGAACGGUCAUUGGCAUUUGCUGCAACUUGGUAGCAUUGCUGUCAGCACUACUUGCACCAUAUAUGCCCAAUACAUCAAGGGAAGUCCGAUCCCAGUUAGGGUUAGAUAAAUCCAGUUAUGGAUAUAUUCCGGACACUAUUACCACAAUACUGCCAGCCGGUCAUACGAUCGGAAAACCUAGUCCAUUAUUUACGAAGAUAGAUGAUCAGAAAGUUGAGGAGCUGAGGAAAAAGUAUGGUGGGAAACAAGAAUGUCCAAUACAAAAAGUUUCCUCUGGGACCAUAGAAAAGUGCAACGACGCUGCUUCUUUAGAGGCAGCUAUUGCUAAGCAGGGUCUACUUGUCAGAGAGUUAAAGGCUAAACAAGAUAAGAGCGUGUGGCAACCACAGGUACAAAUUCUAUUGCAAUUGAAGAAACAGUUGGCUGAUUUAACUAGCAAUACAGGAAAAACCAGUGACCAGGCAAAAGAAAAACAUAAUAGUACACCAGGAGUAGUACUUGAACAAAACGGCGAUGGAAUAAAUGGAGCUGCUGAUUUGGAAGCAGCUAUAGCAAAACAGGGAGUCCUUGUUCGCGAGAUGAAGGCCAAAGCGGAAAAAAGCGUUUGGCAACCGCAAGUUGAAAUUUUGCUCAAAAUGAAGAAACAAUUGGCCGACCUAACCGGUGCAAUAAUUCCCGAAUCUAGCAACAAGAAGUCCAAGAAGAAGAAGUAAAUUAUAUAUUUGAUAUUAUCUAUUACGCAUUCAUCUUGACAUGUAUGUCAUUGGCUUUUCCGUGACUUUUCAUUCCUUGUCUUUCAUAGACUUGUUCAUCUACUCUGUAAUCAAGUAUUAAGAUAAACGAACAAUAAAAACGUAAUCUCAUCUAAUAAA